CUAUUUCACGAAAGCCAUGUGUGAAUUGUUUACUUUUAUUAUUUAAAAUUACUCUGAAAAUAUGGAAAAGAGCGUAGUGAAAUGCUUUGCGGUUAAUUAUAAGCCUAUAAUAAUAGAUGAGAUCGCGUUAGAAGGCUUAGAAGGUAUAGGAGUUGAUUUAUUAUGGAGACGAGUACAAAAACGUAUUUCUUCAGAAUUAACGGAGAAAAUGAAAGUUCGUUACUGGAAUUUUAUUGUAAAUAGUGGUAAAGUGUCUUUCUACCAAUUGCCUGAACCUCUGCCUUACCUGGAACUACUAGAUAGAUUCGAAAUUAUUAACGAAGCUACCGGCCACUUGAGAGAACCUGAUGUACCAAUAGACGGUCCCUAUGAAUACAAGCCAAUAGAAGGUGAGUAUGGGUCCUGUAGAUACUAUGAAACACGGACAUUAAUACCCAUAGAGAACCUAAAGACAAAGACUUAUGAAGCUGUAAUGUUGGAAUAUGGAGACACGCUGAUAAUUGUUGCGAAUAAAGAAGAGAGAUGGUAUGCACUAGCCCCACACCAGCCAAUAAGUAAUAUCGCUCAGUUAAGUAGUAUACAUUACUGUAUGUUGGAGCUGAUUGGGCGAUCUAGGGAUAAUGGUCAAUCAACAAUAGGCCGAACCAAUUUAAAUAAAAUCAUAAAAGAUCCUAAAACUCUGUUCUAUAAUAGGAAAUAUUUAGGAAAUCAGGACUUGAUCAAGACAAAUAUUGUCACUGAAUCAAUAGCAGGGAAAGGAUUUAAGGCUCUGUUGGUUCGAUUGAAGAGGUUCAGCCAACCAAGUAUAUUGACUAUGCCCAAAGUAGGCAUACUACACAAUGUAGUACAAUAUCUUUUACAACAACCAGAUUUCAGCGAAAAAACCGAAGUUAUAGUCAAAAAGGGUCUCAUAUCCCAGAAACAGAACAAGAGACUGCAGAAAACUGUUAAUAUUUUCAAGUUUGAAGAAAGAACUAUAGAACCAGAUGAAACAAACAAAUUAAAGACAAGUAUCAAAAGAAAGUUUAUUUACCUUUCAUCUCGUAAUGAUGAGUCUUCAGAAUCCGAAGAAGAGUCACAGGGACCUCCGAUGAAGUGUCAGUACAAAAUUGGUGUGAGCCUUUUAAGACAGGCAUAUGAAAGAUUCCUCGAUGCAGGUCUUGAAGGUCUUACGCAGGUCCAAUUAGGCCAGCAGCUUGGUGUGGAGUUCUACACCAGUCGAGGCAUCUGUAGGAUGUUCAAAUCCAAGAAUAUUGUUCGAGAAUAUCUCGAAGAUAAGGGAAAGCAGAGAACUGCUAGAUUUAUUGCUAGAGCUGCCACUGGAGAAAUGGAUGUUCGAUAUUCAGAGGAGAAACAGAAAUUCCUGGAAUAUUUGAAAGAAUCACAAGUACCAAAAGAAGAUGUCGAGCCUUCUGAAGAUGAAGUACCAGCUAAGAAAAUUAAACUGGAAGAUAAACCUUCUACUAGCAGUACUGAUGUAACAGGCCAAAAUUCUGACGAAGAUAUCAUGGCCGACGUAGAUAUGACCCCAGAAAAAGUAAUCACAGAAGUAAAGGUCCUCGAUGGCUUUGAAAACACCAAAACCCUCGGAAGCUUCACAAAGAACCCAACCUUGAGACAAUUGACUUUUGCAAAUGGUGUGUUCAAAGUCCUCAAGAAGAAACAAUGUGUCAGUGGCUAUAUAACACUCAGCAACCUCACUUCCAAAGAAAUUAACGAGCCCCCUAUGGACACAAAAGCCCUUAAAUCAUUUGUACAGAAACUGGUAACCGACGGACAUAUCAAAAUUUAUAAAAUUAAGUGGCCUGGCAUUCAAAAGUAUUCGGUCUUAAUUUGCGCUGCUCACGUCAAAGCUACAGAUCCCAUAAUAAAAGCCAAGUACAAAGAGAUUUGUAUGAGGGCAGUGACUAACAAAAAGGUGUCACUCAAAAAAGAAAUCGCAGAAAACGCUUCUCCUUCUAUAACACAAUUUGCACACCCACGAUACAUGAAAAUACAGAAGCUUCAUGAAUUUCUAACUAAAUUGGCAUAUUUUGAGCAUGUCAAACCAGAAUCGCAUUCAUUACCUGCAGGCUUCGUCAGCAUAGUUGAUUUCAUACAGGAAGUUACAAUAGGGUUCGCUAUCCAAAACAUGGCCAGUGCUAUAGAAACGAACCCGCUGGUCAACCAGAACCAGCUGGAUAUCAAAAUGAAAGAUGCUCCGCCACAUAUUUACAAAGCUCUGAUGAGAUCUUGCACAUUGCAAAAUGCAAUAAGACUCAAUUUAAAAGUACUUGCAAUGCUGGGCCUUAUACAACUGGUUCGCCCGUCUAAUCAGACGACCAAUAACAUGGGCGCUAUAACAUACACAAGUUUCCUUUUCUAUGUAAAUCGUAACGCCAAAAUAAUAGACACGACUGGCAUUUGGCCCAGGGUAACAGAUGAGAAGAUCAAAGAAAAAUCAUAUUAUUUUGAAACAUUUGAAGAUGUGUCUAAGUAUUGGCUUGAUGUUUUUCAAAUAAGUGUUAAUACGAUUAUAGAGUUAGAAAAACGCAGCAGGAAACAACUUCAGCCGCCGCAGCGGUAUGAGGACGAGGUGUUUGCGCACGAUAACGGUGCCCGUUAUGGUGACGGCAAUGGACCAUGUGGAUUCGACUCCUGCUUCUACAUGGAAAUGCCUCGACUCUGGCAAACGUACUACGUGCGACCCAUACAGUCUCAUAGCUCACCGAAAAAGGGGAAAAUUCAAAUAAAAAUCCCCAAACUAAAGACAAAGAAUAAAACAAAACGUGAAACUAAAAUUAAAACUACUUCAAAAAUAGUGGCCGAGAGACUAGCAAACGAAAAAUUAACUCGUAAACGAAGUGACACUACAAUAAAAUGGUCGAAAUCUGAGGAUUUGAUAAUAACUAUAUGUAAAGCUGCUAUAACAAUACUGAGUCCUAGUUCACAACCCGGCACUUUGAUUGUAAGAAACAUAGUUGCCAAAGAUAUUCUCUCUAUAAAGGACCCGAAAAAGACUAAAAGCGUAUGCCAUAGUAGGGCUUCAACUCUAGAAAGUAACUUAACACUCAUUCAUGAGAAGCACUGCAUUAUUAAUGAACUUAAAAGAAGACGGAAUCUAUUACAAAAAUAUGAAGGAUUGUUAAAGAAACUAAGACUGCGAUACUCAACGAACAUGACAAAGUUUAUAAACAAGGCGCGCCUACCGAUGAUGGAAUUAGUUUGGGUUAUAUUACAGGUGAUGCAGUCUAAAUCAUACAUACAAAAAGUGCCAUGUGUAGCAUCGAACUUAGCAGAUUUCUACGAACAUUUCACGAUCAUAACAUCUACUGCCAAUAAAUUAUGUAACAUGUUCAAAGUGCCUGAACAUGUCACUUUGAAAGAGGCUGUAGUACUCACAAUAAUGCAAACAAUAGACUCAGAAAUCAGUACAGAAUUGGGUAAAAAGAUAUAUAAAACGUUUGAGGAAUACCCUGAGGCUGCUGUAAGGUCUGCUGUAGAACAGCUACGUAAGUGCGGCGCCAUCGCGGCUAAAGAGAAAAUAUUUAACAAUCAAAUGCGCAAGCUUGAUUUAGAAGACAUUUGUCAGUCCUCAUAUAAGAUAUCCGCGUUCUAUCAACGUAAAUGGGUGAGCCGAUUGAACUCAGAAUUUAUAGAUAAUUUGAGUACUUUGUUGGAUGUAGAGCAAACGGAGAGUGAUGUUAAAGGGUCGGCUGAAUUAAAUUGUUUGUACUGUGAGAUGAAUGCGUACGACAUUAUAGACAUAGUGUCGACCAGUGCGCCUCUCAUCACAGACGCUUCAGGGGCACCCAUUAUGCCUGAAGAAAUAAACGUACUAGUCAUCGACUCUAAGUACCGAUUGAAAACGGGAACCUUAAGAUGGAAAAACAAAUCAAAUUUGGCUAAAAUUUCUGAACUGUUUAAUCAUAUGGAUCUUAACCAUAGCUUGAAGUAUUUAUCCAGUUACACCACAGUGGAUUCUAAGGAAAUUAAACAAAAUGUUGAUAAAAGUGAUCCAAUACUAAAGCGUUUGGAUGAAGUAGGUGAAAAAGGAGCAUCAUUUGCUGAGCUACAGAAACUCUCCGGAAUGGGUGAGAAGGAGUUGAUCGAAAAAUUGCAACAAAUGGAAAGCAAAAAAAUGUUGAAACGGGUUGGCUUCUAUGAAAAUCUUUUAGUGCUAACCAAAUAUUUAGCACCAUGGACGAUAAAAGUAGGAGAGAAACACAUAAUAAUAACUCCUUGGCUAACUUUAACGGGUAAAGCAAGGCCGGAUAUAUUUUUCAAGUGGUGCAGUGUUGUUAUGAAUUUAAUAUUCGAAAGACCUGGCUGCUCAGUAUCCUAUUUAGCUGAUAAAUGCGAGUAUUUAACGUACCGAUCAGCACAAGAUGUUUGCAUGUUCUUAGAAAAAUAUGAAUGUAUAAAACUAGCCAUGGUAAAUCUCCAACCAGUGGAUUUAUUUUCGGAUGAAACUUACGAUCCUGAAAUGGAAGAGUUCAAUCCCUAUGGAGCACCCGAGAAAAUGAUAGCACAUCCUAUCAAAAAUUGUCUAACAAAAUAUUGUUAUAUUAAGAAAAAAGUAUUAGAUUUGGAAUCAAACGACGCUCUAUUGGAUAAGUUGUUUAAAUGUUAACUCUCGUAAAAUAUAUAUUCAGUGUAACUAAUAUUUAUUCAAAAUAAAGACAAUUAUUACCUAAGUCUGCAUUAUA